UGCGCAGUCGCGCUGUAGCGCAAUAUAAAGCAGCUCUGAGCGCGUCAGUGUGUCAGUGUGUGAGACGCAGCAGCACCGGAUCCCUACAGCGCAGGCCUCAUAGCUCUAUUGGCACAUUCAGUAUAACCAGUCAUGGGAAAGGAGAAGCUCCACAUCAACAUUGUGGUUAUUGGCCAUGUUGACUCUGGCAAGUCCACUACGACUGGCCACCUCAUCUACAAGUGUGGUGGCAUCGACAAGAGAACCAUUGAGAAGUUUGAGAAAGAAGCUGCCGAGAUGGGUAAGGGGUCCUUUAAGUACGCCUGGGUGUUGGAUAAGCUGAAGGCAGAGCGGGAGCGUGGUAUUACCAUUGACAUUUCUCUGUGGAAAUUUGAGACCAGCAAGUACUAUGUCACAAUCAUUGAUGCUCCUGGACAUAGAGACUUCAUCAAAAACAUGAUUACUGGCACCUCUCAGGCAGAUUGUGCUGUCCUCAUAGUGGCAGCUGGUGUCGGUGAGUUUGAAGCUGGGAUCUCAAAGAAUGGUCAAACCAGAGAGCAUGCUCUCCUGGCAUAUACGCUUGGUGUUAAACAGCUCAUUGUAGGUGUUAAUAAGAUGGACUCGACUGAGCCAAACUACAGCCAAAAGCGUUAUGAGGAAAUUGUAAAAGAAGUUAGCACCUACAUUAAGAAGAUUGGCUACAACCCUGAAACCGUGGCAUUUGUCCCCAUUUCUGGUUGGAAUGGGGAUAACAUGUUGGAGGCCAGCCCCAAUAUGACUUGGUUUAAGGGCUGGAAGAUUACCCGUAAGGAUGGCAGCGUAUCAGGAACUACUCUACUGGAGGCGCUUGAUGCCAUCCAGCCUCCAACUCGUCCCACUGAUAAGCCACUUCGUCUGCCUCUGCAGGAUGUCUACAAGAUUGGAGGUAUUGGGACUGUCCCUGUGGGUCGUGUGGAGACUGGCAUUCUGAAGCCAGGAAUGGUGGUGACCUUUGCACCUGUUAAUUUAACUACUGAGGUAAAGUCUGUUGAGAUGCACCACGAGGCUCUGUCUGAAGCACUGCCAGGGGACAAUGUGGGCUUCAAUGUUAAAAACGUCUCAGUGAAGGAUAUCCGUCGUGGGAAUGUUGCUGGUGAUAGUAAAAAUGAUCCACCCCAGGAGGCAUCCAGCUUCACUGCUCAAGUGAUCAUCCUGAACCACCCAGGGCAGAUCAGUGCAGGUUAUGCUCCAGUGCUGGACUGCCAUACUGCACAUAUUGCCUGCAAGUUUGCUGAGCUCAAGGAGAAGAUUGACCGCCGCUCUGGAAAGAAACUUGAGGAUAAUCCCAAGAACCUCAAGUCUGGAGAUGCCGCCAUUGUGGACAUGAUCCCUGGAAAACCCAUGUGUGUGGAGAGCUUCUCGGAGUAUCCACCUCUUGGUCGCUUUGCAGUGCGUGACAUGCGUCAGACUGUGGCAGUUGGAGUGAUCAAGGGAGUCGAAAAGAAGGCUUUGACUGGUGGAAAGGUCACCAAGUCUGCUCAGAAAGCCCAGAAGGCCAAAUGAAUUUUGUGUUCGACUGCCAACUCCAGUGUCGCAUACAACAGAACAGAGGUCACCCCACGAUAUCCAAUUAACUGCUUAAACUCCAUAAUCAUAGAUUGGUUAAUCGUUCCAAUGCACCGAAAAAGUAUCAGAAGGAAAAAAAACUAAAUAUAAAAUCAAAUGUUGUUUCAUUUAAAUCUAUAUCAUGUGAGAUAUUUGUAAUAUUAGCUUGUAACUAUUUGGAAUGUUAUCUAUUUAUUUGGGUUAUGACUUCACACUAUUAUGCGAAAUUACCAUUUUGGAGAAGAAAUGUUGACAUGACCUCUCCUACUCUGGAGUGCAGUUUUAGUCUGCUUCUUAUAUUGUUGUCUUGCUUUUAGUGUUUGUAGAUUAGUAUGUUUUAGGUUUUGCUGCUCUUAGUAACUUAAUUAUGUUACUGCUUAGUCUUUAUGUCUAUUUAAGCUUUAAAGAAAUUGUAAAAUAAUCAACCUUUCCAGAUCAGACCAUAGUGGGCACUUUUCAAGCACUUAAAGCACUUGUCAUAAAGCUGACUUUGCACAGGCACUUAUAAACUUUAAUUGGCUUUAGCUUCUGCACCUUACUGUUCUGAAUAUUCAGAUAAAUCCGGCCAUAUUAAAGGUUCUGCAAUCAUA